CGCGAGGGGGUGACGUAAUGGUUGCUGGGUGUAGCGACCGUUAGGCGCCGGAUUUGAAUUUUCAGCAGGAUCCAGAGAGAGACACACACAGAGACAGACAGAUCGGUGAGUCCUGGGGACAGACUGACAGAGAGAGAGAGACAGACUGACCGAGAGACAGACUGACAGAGAGACAGACUGACAGAGAGACUGACAGACAGAGAGAGAGAGCGACUGACUGACUGACAGAGAGAGAGAGCGACUGACUGACUGACAGAGAGAGAGAGCGACUGACUGACUGACAGAGAGAGAGAGCGACUGACUGACUGACUGACAGAGAGAGAGAGCGACUGACUGACUGACUGACAGAGAGAGCGACUGACUGACUGACUGACAGAGAGACAGACUGACUGACUGACAGAGAGACAGACUGACUGACUGACUGACAGAGAGACAGACUGACUGACUGACUGACAGAGAGACAGACUGGCUGACUGACUGACAGAGAGACAGACUGGCUGACUGACUGACAGAGAGACAGACUGGCUGACUGACUGACAGAGAGACUGACUGACAGAGAGACAGACUGACAGACUGGCUGACUGACUGACAGAGAGACUGACUGACAGAGAGACAGACUGACUGACUGACUGACUGACAGAGAGACAGACUGACUGACUGACUGACUGACAGAGAGACAGACUGACUGACUGACUGACAGAGACAGACUGACUGACUGACUGACAGAGACGAACUGGCUGACUGACGUGAGAGACAGACUGGCUGACUGACUGACAGAGAGAGACAGACUGGCUGACUGACUGACAGAGACUGACUGACAGAGAGACUGACGGCAAGAAGACUGACUGACAGAAGACGGGCAACUGACUUGACUGACAGAGACGGAGCUGACUGACUGACUGACUGGGCGAGAGACAGACUGACAGCAGAGGAACAGACUGACUGACAGAGAGACAGACUGACUGACAGAGACAGACGCUGACUGACAGAGACAGACUGACUGACAGAGACAGACCCGUGACAGAGAGACAGACUGACUGACAGAGACAGACUGACUGACUGACAGAGACAGACUGGCUGACUGACUGACAGAGAGACAGACUGGCGGCUGGCUGACAGAGAGAGAGAGACUGGCAGACUGACUGACUGGACUGACAGAGAGACAGACUGACUGACUGACAGAGAGACUGACUGACUGACUGACAGAGAGACUGACUGACUGACAGAGAGACAGACUGACUGACUGACAGAGAUACUGACUGACUGACUGACAGAGAGACAGACUGACUGACUGACUGACAGAGAGACAGACUGACUGACUGACAGAGAGACUGACUGACUGACUGACUGACUGACUGACAGAGAGACAGACUGACUGACUGACUGACUGACUGACAGAGAGACAGACUGACUGACUGACUGACAGAGAGACAGACUGACUGACUGACUGAGAGACUGACUGACUGACAGAGAGACAGACUGACUGACUGACUGAGAGACUGACUGACUGACUGACAGAGAGACAGACUGACUGACUGACUGACUGACAGAGAGACAGACUGACUGACUGACUGACUGACAGAGAGACAGACUGACUGACUGACUGACAGAGAGACAGACUGACUGACUGACUGACAGAGAGACAGACUGACUGACUGACUGACAGAGAGACUGACUGACUGACUGACAGAGAGAGAGACAGACUGACAGAGGGAGAGAGAGAGAGAGACUGACAGAGAGAGACAGACUGACAGAGAGAGAGACACGGACAGAUUGGUGAGACACAGACAGACAGAGAUCGGUGAGUCCUGGGGACACAGACAGACAGACAGACAGAGAUCGGUGAGUCCUGGGGAGACAGACAGACAGACAGAGAUCGGUGAGUCCUGGGGAGACAGACAGACAGACAGAGAUCGGUGAGUCCUGGGGAAAGAGAGUGGGCACACCAAGAGCAGUCAGUCGGGGAGACCCCUGUGGUGGCGCUAUGGAUUAACCCUUCUGUGCUGACUGAGGGGCAGUGCUUUGGCCAUCUCUCUGGCACCUUCUGUGCUAAUUUACCCUGUGAGGAGUCAAUCUGUUUUAGAACUGUUUAGCUUCUUACCUGGGUCCCACCAGGGUGCUGGACUCCUUUGUUGGCAGGUUUACAACAUCUGUCUUUUCCAGAGCUGUAGAAUCUUGAUACCUAUCCAGCUCACUGCUCUCAACCCUUGAAUGAGCAUUUGUGCUUUGAAGAAUGCACAGAUUUGAUAUUCGGCAUCCCAGAACUCUGGUUCCAGGGUGUUCAAUGACGCCCCUACGACUCAGUCAUGGUUACAUUACACCCCCAGCAGCAGAAGGGAUAAAAUCCGCAUGGUGAAACGCUGCACAUACAAACUCCAGGCACCAUGAUCAUUUCAAAUCAUUGAGAUGGCCUUGGUGCAUUGAGUAAUCCAUUAAUAUGUGAGAUUGUAUUUCUAACAGUGAGUUCCCUGAUCACAUUAUUAAAAAUAGAUAUUCUACUCCCUUAAAUCGAUUUUUAUUUUUUCAAGUGAAAUUUUCUGUUUUUUUUUUUUUUUCGAAAUCUACUUUUUUUUUAUUACUUCAUACUAAACUAUAAAGAGAUUGUGCUUCAAUAUGAUAACUGGAAUAUAGUCUACAUAUUAAUAUUCUAAGAAUUAUCUUUUUCUCUUCAUUUUUGCAGACAAAAUGAGAAGAAGUUCAGUAACCAAUAGGCAAUCCCUAUUGCCACUGCGUGUGCAAGAUACUAACCGGGUCGGGCUUACUACACCCCAGAAGUAGGUUAUUUUCCUACAGUAGAGGUUGACUAUUUCUAACAUUAAUGGCGAGUUCUGUCAUUGUUCUGCAAGGUUUGCCAUUUUACACUCAUCAUUCUGACAGACGGUGUACUUGAUACAUUUUUAUAAAGAUAAUCAUGUUUGAGUGUUAAGUAUUACAGUGGCUCUGUAAUACACAAAUAUGGAGCGUUUCAUAAAUAUGAAAUGCCCAUGAAGACUGUGAUAACGUUUGCAUGGUAGGCAAUAUUUUUUAUUUAUUUUUUAAACCUUAUAUUCAAUAAGAAAUCACACAGACCAAGGAUGUAUCUUUAAAAAAAAAAAAAAAAAAAAUUGGCAAAGGGCAUGGUGUUUUAUUUUUCAUAAGAAAGGGCUUACAAUAAAUUUAGAAACUAUAAUAUAAACCGCAAUCAGACUUGAUCAGUUGGAAUGAUAAACUAUUUUGAAAUCUGUUUACUUUCACCACUUCUAAUUACCAGUCCGUUAAAAACCAACAGACCCUACAAAUAUAAUAAAACGUAAUACUAAAAGUAGGAACAACACUGUCUUUUAUAAGGGAAAGCACCUGGUAAGUAUAACUCUCCUCUACUGCACCAACCAGCCACCUCACACCAAACACGAUGUCAAAAGAAGUGACAGAGCAACUUUACAUGUUCUGUUACCUCUACGUUCUAUGGGGAUUUGGCUGCACAAUGCAUGGAUGGAAUGCUGCUAGCCAGGCUUUCAAUGUUACUCACCACUGCAAUUCAUGGCAUACUUAUUGGGGGUGAAUACUUACCCGCUCAUUGCUUGUUCUGGUUCUUGUUAAUAUGGAUUUGUCCAAGGACCAAUAGGUAAAAUCUACCCUGGCUUAUUUCUGGCCCCUUCUCUUAUUAACUAUAUUAUACUUUAUUUUUGUUUAUCCUUCUCCAGCAAAGAUCGGCAAGGUUUUGGUAAACUUGCAACAACCAAACCGCAUUCUGGGACAUCAGAGCGCAAGAUCAGCUUCUUUGGGAAAAGGUACUGUUAUUUUAUAACCUCUUUUUAACUGCAUCCCUAAUGAAUAAACCCAACAUUGUAACGUUGCGCUUGUCACAACAUGAACUGUCAGAUUUUGUGUGUGUGUCGCAAAACAUGGCGUAAAUGCGUCAUUUUUAGAUUUCGUAGCAGCUUCGGUUGAUACCUUACCUCAGUAGGGUAAAUGUUUCUUUUUCUGACAUAUGGUGGCAGCACGUACCGGUUGUGCUUCCUAAUUGGGACAAGCAUCUGCAAGAUAGGUGAUUAAGAAAAGUCCCUCCCCUUUACUCUAUAAAGGGCUUCCCUGGCAAAACCAGUUCUUCCUUGUUCCAGCACGGGACGGACCAAGCGUCUGUUGGAGGUGAGUCACACAGGUUGCUGUCUGGGGAUUGAACCCCUCUAGCCGCCCGGGUGGUAGUCUGAGCGGCAUGGCUCCGUAGAAGUUUCGUAGCCCCUUUCUGUUUAAAGGACCACUAUACUCGUUUUCCUGGCACUAUAGUGCCCUGAGGGUGCCCCCACCCUCAGGGACCCCCUCCCACCCGGCUCUGGAAAGGGGAGAGGGGUUAAAACUUACCUUUUUCCAGCGCUGGGCGGGGAGCUCUCUUCUUCCGAUCCUCCUCCUCUCUGCCCAUUCGGCUGAAUGCGCACACGUGCGGCAAGAGCUGCGCGCGCAUUCAGCCGGUCGCAUAGGAAAGCAUUUACAAUGCUUUCCUAUGGACGCUUGCAUGCUCUCACUGUGAUUUUCACAGUGAGAAUCACGCAAGCGCCUCUAGCGGCUGUCAAUGAGACAGCCACUAGAGGAAUUGAGGGCUGGAUUAACCCAUUUAUAAACAUAGCAGUUUCUCUGAAACUAUGUUUAUAGAAAAAAUGGGUUAACCCUAGCUGGACCUGGCACACAGACCACUUCAUUAAGCUGAAGUGGUCUGGGUGCCUAGAGUGGUCCUUUAACUUUGCGCCGAGUAUGUUCUGGCUUGGUGAGUAUGGGCGGGCCGGGGACGCCUUCAUCAUGUUGCAGGCAAUGCGUCUGCGCACAACAGUGGAACGCACGCCCGGAGGUGUUGUGUUCCACCAAAGCUCCGGGGGUGCUAUUGCACAUGCGCGAACUGGAACUUCUGGGAAACCGCCGAGUGCGCGUCUCUGUGCUGUUCCCUCUGGCAGCAGGAAGCGUGUCACAAGAGUUUCCCGUGUCACCAACCCCCCACACAGAUCAGAGGUUUUCAAGGUAAGAUUAGCUGAUCUUUGCCUUGAAAAUCUGUUCUGAUUAAAAUUGUAAGUUAUGGAUGGAACUGUUUUGCAGAAAAUGGACUGUUUGUAAACCGUGGAAUGCCUCUGCUAUGCAAGGCUUUUGCUUACUGUAUCUGUGCUACUCCCCUUAAUAUGGUUCUGGGGUUUAUAAAUAUGACCAAGGGGCUGCAAUUUCUUGGGUAAAGUUUAAGCAGAGAAUAUGCAAUCAUUCCUAUCUUUGAAUUCUUAUAGAGAAUCAAAUAGUGUGUCAGCUGCUCUGCCUGAGAUGUUCCGGAGGUACCGAAGAGAAGCGUCCUUCAAUUACUUCUAAUGUCUGGCGAAUGUUUAUCUACCUCUUCUUAAGACAUGUCUGGUUCAUCAUACUGUGUAGAGUUGGUUCCCACUUUAUGUACUGAGAAGGUUCAUAAGGAAUGAAUCGGUCACGGGGCAGGAUAAAUCUGGUAAACUUUAAUGAGUGUUCUCUGUUCCUCAAACCCUGUGUCUUUUUCUUAUAUUCAGAAAUGGGAACACUCUGUGUAACAAGCCUUUCCUGUUGACAUUUAAUGUUUACCAUCAAACGGGUAAAUGUUACACCUCCAGGUACACUGGGAAUCCAUAAAAUUCUGCAGAAGUAGCUGCUUUUAAAACCCUGUCGUCAAGAAGGCUGAGACCUCUUGUAGACGAUCUUUCCAGACAGCUGGUGUGGCGGAACCAAUAUCGCCACUGUGCAUUGGAGGAGCCUGGUUGCCUGCCUGCUGCCUUUUGACUAUGGACUGGCAUUUAAAUACUUUAUUUUCCUAUGCAGAAAGGUCUAUUUAUGUAUUUCUGCCCUGGCGUUCGGUAGUUUCUCGGAUUUACUGAAUGAACUCAUUUAACCCAGAUAGCUAUGCCAUGGAGCCUAUUCGUGUAAUAAAAGACUUUGGCUCCAUGGCAAUUGAACUGUAUGUGUGUGGUCUGUGGCAAACCUAGCCACUUCAAACUAUAUUUCCCACUAAGACUGUAUUUAAGUUUGUAUGAUAUUGUGGCUUUAAGACUACCUAAACUGUCCAUGUUCUCUAUUUUAUAUUUUAUGUGAACGAGAGCAUUCGUAUGCUGACGGCACGAUAGCCACCAGCAUUCAUGCAGUAGUUUCAUGAACAAUGACUUUAACCACUGUCGUGUGGCUCCCAUCAAGGAUUGCAACAAUGUAUCUUUCAGCAGUUAAUAGAUGUUAAAGGUGGCCGCCGUUCGGAUACUGGCCAUCUUGGAUCCUUUGUUAGCCCAGCGGUAUUUGGUCGUCGAGUGCCUGGAACUAAAAUCGGCUACUCGACGGCACGAAUACCGCUGGACUUCCAGGCCGUUCGGGAGCCCCGGUCUUUCGGUACUUUUAUCUCUGUAUGUGUAUUUGGGACUUUGUGAAGAAUGUGUGUUCAAGUGCAUUUCGUGCGGCGUUCGGCUAAUUGUGCUUGGAUCUGAGCGGUACUUUUACGAAGUAUGGGCUCCGACCCCAGCUAUCUGCCGAACGGUCAUUCGCUAUAAUAGCACGAAUAAUGUUAGUUAUAGAUUUUUAUGUAAAAAGCCAGUUCUGCUGCACAGAGGGAUAAUCCACUUAACUGGAUAUUCUAGUGGGAGUAUCCCUCUCGUGCAGCAGUGCAUGGUGGGAGAAAUGUUCUGGUUGUUAAGUUCCCCAUGUAGUCCCCUACUGUACAAUCCCUGUAAAGUCAGUAAGGAAACCCCUUGCAUGGGGAACCACAUGUAACUGUAACCUGUGAUUAAAACCUCAGUUGACUCCCAGCCUAUGUGUCGUCUAGUUCUUGGGAAGGAAGGAUCUGUAGAACGCUACCGGGAUUAUUAUAUGCUGCUCCUGUUUACCAGCGUAGAUAUUGCGGAUUAUACUGCCUUUCCGCUACAUGGUCUGAGCGCCAUUCGGUAAUAAUGUGCGCUCAGACCUAAGCUAUCUGGGGAUAUGUUGCUAGAGAUGUCGCGAACUUCUCGCUAACAGCUCGUGGCGAACUCCGGUCAGCUGACACGUCCCGGCCAAUCUCCAGCAGACCCUCCCUCACAAACCCUCCUACUUCCUGGACAGCAUCCAUGUUUCAUCCAUGUGAUUAAAACCUCAGUUGACUCCCAGCCUAUGUGUCGUCUAGUUCUUGGGAAGGAAGGAUCUGUAGAACGCUACCGGGAUUAUUAUAUGCUGCUCCUGUCUACCAGCGGAGAUAUUGCGGAUUAUACUGCCUUUCCGCUACAUGGUCUGAGCGCCAUUCAGUAAUAAUGUGCGCUCAGACCUAAGCUAUCUGGGGAUAUGUUGCUAGAGAUGUCGCGAACUUCUCGCGAACAGCUCGUGGCGAACUCCGGCCAGCUGACACGUCCCGGCCAAUCUCCAGCAGACCCUCCCUCCCAGACCCUCCUACUUCCUGGACAGCAUCCAUGCACGUCCCGGCCAAUCUCCAGCAGACCCUCCCUCCCAGACCCUCCUACUUCCUGGACAGCAUCCAUGUUGAAACAUGGAUGCUGUCCAGGAAGUAGGAGGGUCUGGGAGGGAGGGUCUGCUGGAGAUUGGCCGGGACGUGUCAGCUGACCGGAGUUUGCCGCAAACCGUUCGCGAGAAGUUCGCGGACGGUUCGCGACAUCUCUAUAUGUUGCAUGUCUGUAUUUUAUGUAAUAAAUGUAACCUUGUGUAUUUUAUUGUAUUUUACUAUAUUUUGCUACCAUGUGACUAAUGGAGUUUUGCCUCUGUCCUGGGAGAUAAUUGGAUUACUUCCCAAUUAUCUCCAGGAUAGAAGACUCUGUGGAACUGGUUUUGGGCAGAAAAGCCAUGCUUCAUUUGGUCACAAAGGACUUCGAUCUAUCUUUUGAACCAAUGGCCCAAUUUGGAUGAUUUUGACAUAUGUUUGUAUUUGGAGUAUGCUGAUUCUGAAAAUGUAAAUGUGAUGCAUACUUCUAAAGUUAUGAAUAAUGUGGAAAAACUGUAUUUCUCUGCCUGUGAUAAUUACAUUAUCCAUUGUGUAAGGUAAUUGUAUCACAGGCAGAGGGGAUGAUUUUGUGUGGGACAGUCUGAGUGUAUUGUAUGUGUUUAUUGGUUGUUUUCCAAAACCCUGUGGGUGGUACUAAUGUGUAAGAAUGUGUACAUAAGAACAAUAAACCCACAGCUCUGUCUGUUCCUGCUUGACCCUCAACACUGAGCUUUGUCUCGUUCUUGGGGGGAUUUAUUGUAUGCUGUUGCAGUUUGACUGCUAUGAGUGUAAACCUAUUCGUAUGGUUUUUCCUAUUCGGUUGUUUACAGCAUUCGUAUGGUUCCGGUUUGGCUAUUUACGGCAUUCAUAUGCUUCUCCGGUUCGGUGGACUGGUGUCUACAGUAGCUGCCUGUAUAUCUGGAAGGGGGAAUAUCUACUAAACGGCUUUAACUCCUUUUAUGCCUGGUGGUGCCGUUACAGCUGGGUUUCGGUAUGGGUCUUUGCUGGCCGGUGCAGCGGUGUCCAAAACGUAUAACUUUGUUUACAAUCGUUAAUGGAGGUUAUUUAAAUUUCCUGAGAAGCAGCUUGUCAGUUUCCUGUUUUAUUUGUGAUUGUCACAUAUUUUAUAUGGAUUUAACUAAUAAAAUUUGACAAUGAAAAGCUCUGCCUCAACACAAGUUAAACUAGUUCCGACAUGGGUAGGCGUUUCGGACGUCAGGAAGCUUGGAGGCGUAAUCCUGCAUUUCUAUACUAAGUGUGUAUAGCUCAGUGGGUUUAAACCUUGUUCAACCCUUGGGGUUCACAGGUUCGCUCCCCAUGCAUUGUUGACUCACUUUGAGGUAGAUGACUGGAGUACCAUUCAAUGGAGUGACCUAAAAGACCACUACAGUGCCUGGAAAACAAACUUGUUUCUCUGAAACUGCUAUGUUUACAGCUGCAGGGUUAACCCUAGAUGGACCUGGCACCAAGACCACUUAAUUGAGCUGAAGUGGUCUGGGUGCCUAUAGUGGUCCUUUAACGUUCCCAUGAUGCAUUUGGGAACCAGUAUUUAUCUUAAUGUCUCUUGCCUGGCUUUUAAGUGGAACCUACUUGCAAUCACUGGUUGCUUGAUCUAGUUAAAGAGGGCACUGCUUGCUCUCUUCAAAUCUUCCCAAUCUAUAAUCUUCCGAAUAUCUGAUACUCUAUUUACAGAAAUAGUGUUCCUGUUGGAUUCAAGGAGUUUUUAAUUUUUACAUUUCUUUAUUUUUGGUUUGCCGUCAUAAAUUUUGCAGUUGUAACAGUACAGAUGGAUUGAAGGAGUUUGAGAAAUGGUUCUGUGAACCACAAAGUUCGUUGGGUUCCUCAAUAAUCACCUGGUUAUCAAACUCGGAUCAUUCCUUUAAACCAAUUAUGAAUUGAAACUUCUGAAACUCUGAUUCUGCAGAAAGGAAUUUCGUGGUGUAUAUAGCUCACAGAGAUAUAUUCCCACAUAUCCCUAUUGCGGCCCCUUCAAGACGUUUUCUGAAAAUACGCCAUAAUACAUGGAUGGUAGAGAUUUUAUUGCUCUUCAAAACACUCCCAUAAUAGCAUAUUUUAGGGAACGAGGCAUUCCCUACUUGGGAGUUUGGCUCCUUAUUGCUAAUCAGGACGUUCGUCCUUUAAGUAUGUUCGGGUAGCUAGCAGAGCGCUACAGCAACAUGGUUGGAUACAGAGACUACAAAGUAUUUUCUUCUUCUCCAGGAAACAUAGGGUUUUUUGAGGUUCAUGUUAACCUUAAAACGUUACCACUGCACUCAUAAAGGUAAGGUCCAAUAAAGUGAAAAUUCCUCCGUAAGGACAGGAAAGGAGAUUGCUGGGAUGUCUGACAUCUUCAAUUCCUGCGGUCAACUGGGCAAAAUCUGGAUUUGGCCGCUACAGUGGAAAAUUCACUCCUCUGGGUCAAAGUGUGGAAAUCUUGGAUUUCUGUCUCUUAGACUCUCUUUGAAAAAAGUGGAAGCUGUCCUUUCUGCCUAUAGAAUGAGUACAUUUCACCACAGAAUGCAUCUAACACAGGAUGGGUCGCUCGUCUAAAUUCUCUGUGCCAGCAUUCUUGGUCCUAAGAAAAAUAUUCCACUAAUUUCAGAGCUCUUAAGGCAGUUCUUCACUCUCCUCACCGAUUCAGAUCUUGGUUGAAUAAGGGACCUAUUACAAUGCGGUCAGACCACGACAGGGCAGUGCCAGAGGCAAGGUCUGUUUCAGCUAUGUACUAAAACGGUGUACUGGGCUCAGGAUCUCUGGGAGGUCCUCUCUCCAUUCCACUCAUAAUGUGUCGACAAUGUCAUCACCUACAACCUUGGCACAAGAAAUUGGGAUCAAGACUAAGAGUCUAUAGAUGCGAUCAUGUACACGGUCUACAGAGAGAUUUGGAGUGCCUGGAUAGACGGUAUGGCAAAGAGGGAGAACAUGACGCUUCUCGGGUUUGCCUCUCUGUACAGGACAGUUAGUUCACGUUGAAUAGUUGGUCUAUCUAUCUAAAGGUAUUUCUCCGGGCUUACAUUUUUUCUCAUAUUGACUGUUCCCAAGACUUCUUCAAAGAGGUAACGGACAGAGCAGUGGGUCUGCCAAUCUUUUUGUACUGGCCAAAUACGAGCCAGUUGUCGGCCUAAGUGGAGAUGACUUUCAAGUUUGGAAGACAGGAUAUCUUGCUGGCAAUGUUGAAUAGGUUCUUAUUGACGGUAGGGCACUGCAUGGUGGAUCCUUCAUCUCCUGAGUCUUCAUGAGUCAGAGUCCUCUUGUUGCGUAUAAUCUUCUAGUCCAGGCAUAGGCAACCUUCGGCACCGCAGAUGUUUUGGACUACAUCUCCCAUGAUGCUUUGCCAGUAUUGUGUGUGUGUAAGAGCAUUAUGGGAGAUGUAGUCCACAACAUCUGGAGUGCCAAAGGUUGCCUAUCCCUGUUUUAGUCAUUCCGCCUCAUGAGGAUUUGGGUAGAGUAUCUACAUUGUUGUCUUCUAGUUUAUUUGUCCGGUUGGUUCAAAUUUACACUUCCUGCAUGAGAUUUCCACGUUAAGACCAAAUUGUAUUCCCUAAGUUAAUUCUGAGAAGGGAUGGGUCUUCGUGUAUACUGGUUAGAAGUUUCUUUUAGGCAAUAGGCUUCUUAGGCCACCCAGAAAGUUCUGUUUCCCUCCCUCUUCAGUCUUUCAGGCUCCAUUUUACUUUGGAGAUGGUUCCUUUUAAUAUGCUAAAGAUUAACCAGCAUUGCUAGUGGCCAUUACCUCCAAGAGUGGCCAAGAGAGUAAGCGAGCUUCAGGAUAUAUCUUCUUCAGUGGAAUUUCUUAUAUUCCAUCAGGGUUAAAGUUGUGUUUCAUCCUAAAACUUCAAUUCUUCAAGAGUUAUCUUUUAGAGCUGUUAAUCAGCUCAUCCUUCAAUAAUUAUGCCACCUCCCUGCUGGAACUAGAUGGCAUAUUCUAGAGUUAAAAAAGGGCAUUUCAGAUGUACCUAUCAAUAUCAGCCAAAUUCAGAAGAUCAGAUAACCUGUUGUCAACUUCUAAGAAAGUUUUAAGGGGAAUGAAGCCUUUCGUAAUUCUGUUUCUCGUUAUUUCGUCAAUUAUAAUGGCCUAUGCUUCACUAGUUUGAUUUGCCAGUGUCUUUCACAGCGCAUUCCACAAAGGCAAUGGCCACUUCGUGGGCAGAGAAAAACUCUUGCUUCACCCUAAGAAAUCGGCAUUUUUGCAUCUUGGUCAGCUUUUAGCACCUUACAAAACGUCCAGUAUUUUCAGGCUAGACUCACUCUCUGCCUCUAAAAUUGCGUUAGGGUGUAGGUUCUUCAACUUGUUUAGGCAUAAGCCCCACCCGAUUGUCAAUCUUGCUAUAUCCCAUACGUACUGCCACCGUGUGUCAGGAAAAAAACUGACAUUUUUACUCACCGUAAAUUAAUAUGGUGGCAGUACAAAUCUAAAUUACUGUUUUGCUUACAGUGUGUGACUUAAGUGUGUAUUCUUGCUAUGACUGAGGUGGGUUUGCCUGGGAAGCUCUUUAUAGGGUAAAGGGGAGGGACUUUUCUUAAUCACCUAUCUUGCAGAUGCUUGUCCCAAUUAGGAAGCACAACCCAUACGUACUGCCACCAUAUUUAAAAAAAAAAAAAUAAUAAUAAUAAUUUAAGGUGAGUGAAAAUUUCUGUUUCUAAAGCCAUCAUCUGGUAAAGGCAAAUUACACUCCGGGCAGAUAAGAUGCUUGGGUUUAGAUGUAGCUUUCCUUUCUUUUUUUUUUUUUUUUUUUAAAGUGAAAUGCUCACGUGUGGACAUAAAAAGGGAAAUACAACCACAGAUAUAUGUCAGACCAUAUUAGACUAAUCUAUUCAUGGUCCAUUGUUAUCUAUCCUCUUCAUAUAGUUUAUAUGUGAUUAUUAAAUCAGGGAUUUUUAAUUCUUUUUAAUUUUGGAUUUAUUUUUUAUUUUUUUGUGUGCGUGUUGCAAGUUCUGUUUUAAUAGGGUGUGUAUGUUCUCCCACAGAGCGAGUACUGGGGUAGCCCGAAAUAGUCAGUAUGGCGCAUUCAGUGGCACUGAGAAAAUCAAAGAUACAAGACCGUUACACGACAAGUCGUUUAUCCAGCAAUGUAUACGCCAGCUCUGUGAGGUAAAAUCAAUCCCAUUUGGUUUCUCAGUAACAUUUCUCCAUUAUGUUUUCCUUUUACUAAUUGUCUCCUUGUUUUGCGUUCAGAGAUGUACGUUGAUUUUCUGGUAACACUUAAUGCUUUAUUCAUUUAGAAGGAAACCCAGCCUGCAGCUGCCCCUGGUAUCCCCAUCUCUUUGCAGCAUUACAUUAGACACAUUAUACAUUCCCAUUACAUUUUGGCAACUGCGAGGAUAGUGAAACUAUAAAAUGAUUUGACUUCCUGAUUGUUAGGACAACUGUCAUCAAAAUUAUAAUUUUUUUUUUUAAAGUUUAUUACAUUUAAUAAUGUAGCGGGACACCCGGUAACCCGACCAGUUACCUCCACUAGUUCCCGUUCUUCAGCUGAUCAGGAACUCUUACAGGGUUAGAGGACUUAGCUCCAUGUGCUCCCAGGGCUGGAUGGCUUUCAGUCCUGGAAGCUCUUAGUCCUUACAAGGACUUUCCCCGUUGCAUCCCCUGCAAGCUGUAAGAGCAGACACAGGGGUUACAUUUUCCCUCCCUCCAGUAACCAGAUGAAACAUAGUUCUGGAGGUUAAAACACUCUGACACUCCUUUAUUGAAGCACGCAGCUUUAGGACAAUCCUGGCAGGAGGGGGUUAGGUUGUGGCUCUGGGAGAUACCAACAUUACACAGGGACACACAUUAGCACAUAUUCCAUACAGAUGGGUAAUCUUUGGGGCUCGGCGACCCGGGGAGGGGUCACACAAAGGGCACAAAUGCCCAUUCGAACGAGCGCUCCUUCUCUGAUUGGUCGCCUGCGCCCUGCAGCGACCUAUCAGCACUCACUCGUGCCGACCAACCAGGAGAAUAGCUCAAACCCAGUUUGAAUGGGCGCUCCUUCUCCCAUUACUUGGCACAGACUUCUAGGUGGCCAGACUUCCAGGCGGUCAGUCUGUGUGCAGACUGACCUCACUGUAGCAGUGCUCUCGGACAGGAACAUACUCUGCGGCUGUGAGACUGACUCACAGCUCCAGGAAUUCCCUGCUGGCUCGCACCUCUGUCUUGCCAUGGGGGUACGCAGUGAUUAUAGCUCAGUAAGGAGCAGAUAGGGCAAUCCCCAACACGGUGACCUGAGACAGUGUGUGUAUGCCGGUUCGGGAUACAAAUGGUGCCCCUGGUUGGCGUUCGGGUAUGUGAACCGGUGGCCACCCAGGGGAAGCACGCGCUGCUUGUUUCCCUUGCAGUUUUCACACCUCGUUACGAGGUGUGAACUUUCUACAUAGACAUUCUAAAUGAGGUGUCAGGGUGGUCCCUGUUCAGGAGCUGAACAGAACCCAUUCAUAUGAGGAACAAACUGUGUGUGCAGACAGCUCUCUGUGUAGCAGUGCUCUCAGACAGACUGUAACAAACUGUGUGUGCAGACAGCUCUCUGUGUAGUAGUGCUUGCGGACAGACAGUAACAAAUUGUGUGUGCAGACAGCCCUCAGUGUAGCGGUGCUCAGACAGACUGGAACAUACUGUAUGCUCAGACAGACUGGAACAUACUGUAUGCUCAGACAGACUGGAACAUACUGUAUGCUCAGACAGACUGGAACAUACUGUAUGCUCAGACAGACUGGAACAUACUGUAUGCUCAGACAGACUGGAACAUACUGUAUGCUCAGACAGACUGGAACAUACUGUAUGCUCAGACAGACUGGAACAUACUGUAUGCUCAGACAGACUGGAACAUACUGUAUGCUCAGACAGACUGGAACAUACUGUAUGCUCAGACAGACUGGAACAUACUGUAUGCUCAGACAGACUGGAACAUACUGUGUGCAGUUAACCCUCAGUGUAGCAGUGCUCUCGGACAGGAACAUACUGUGUGUGCAGACAUCCCUCAGUGUAGCAGUUCUCUCAGACAGGAACAAACUGUGUGUGCAGACAUCCCUCACUGUAGCAGUGCUCUGGACAGGAACAUACUGUGUGUGCAGACAUCCCUCACUGUAGCAGUGCUCUGGACAGGAACAUACUGUGUGUGCAGACAGACCUCACUGUAGCAGUGCUCUCGGACAGGAACAUACUGUGUGUGCAGACAUCCCUCACUGUAGCAGUGCUCUCGGACAGGAACAUACUGUGUGUGCAGACAACCCUCACUGUAGCAGUGCUCUCGGACAGGAACAUACUGUGUGUGCAGACAGUCACUGUAGCAGUGCUCUCGGACAGAAACAUACUGUGUGUGCAGACAGACCUCACUGUAGCAGUGCUCUCGGACAGAAACAUACUGUGUGUGCAGACAUCACUGUAGCAGUGCUCUCGGACAGAAACAUACUGUGUGUGCAGACAGACCUCACUGUAGCAGUGCUCUCGGACAGGAACAUACUGUGUGUGCAGACAGACCUCACUGUAGCAGUGCUCUCGGACAGGAACAUACUGUGUGUGCAGACAGACCUCACUGUAGCAGUGCUCUCGGACAGGAAGAUACUGUGUGUGCAGACAGACCUCACUGUAGCAGUGCUCUCGGACAGGAACAUACUGUGUGUGCAGACAGACCUCACUGUAGCAGUGCUCUCGGACAGGAACAUACUGUGUGUGCAGACAGCCCUGAGUGUAACAGUGCUCUUGGACAGACAGGUACAUGUAUGAUUUUAGAGAGAGCAAUUCUGCUAGAACAUGGGGUGUCCUUGCAUGGCACACAUGUUGCCAGACCCAAGUAAGCCGGUUGGUAUGAUCAGUGGAUAUCCUCUUAUGGCACAGGGCAAUUUUGCUUUUAGUAUCCCUUUAAACUCCACAUUGGAUUGUACAUACACAAGGUUAGUUUUAUGAGGUGACUGGUUAUUUCAUGAUUCAGAGCAUUACAUUGGUAACAUGAAAUAAAUAAUUUUCACUAAAUGUUCCUAGCUAUACAUUAAAUGCACUUAAUUCAUCCUGCUCUAUGUUUAUCUAGAUCAUGUGAUCUCAUUCUUUUUUUUUUCUUAAUUUUAGUUCCUGAAUGAAAAUGGCUAUUCCCAGACAAUAACAGUGAAGUCUUUGCAGGGCCCUUCUACUAAAGACUUCCUGAAGAUCUUUGCUUUUAUAUACAGUUUUAUAUGCCCAGGCUAUGAAAUCCCUGAUUCGAAGUUUGAGGAGGAGAUUCCGAGGCUCUUUAAAGAACUUGGGUUAGUAUGUUUUAAAGCAUUCCUGCAUCUUUCAUUUACUAUUUCCUUAAAUCCUUAAAUCACCAGAAAGUUACUUACUGUUUUUGUUUAUGUGUUGACCAUAUUUUUUUUAUUCCCCCUUCUCCAGGUACCCCUUUGCCUUGUCCAAAAGCUCCAUGUACACGGUAGGGGCCCCUCAUACUUGGCCACAGAUAGUUGCAGCGCUCAUUUGGUUAACAGACUCGGUUAAGGUACGUUGUGUCCUUGAUCGGUUAUAUUAUUUAAUGUAAUUAAACAACACUUCGUGUUAGGUGUAAUAGUUAAAGUGUCACUUUUCUUUUAAAAUAAAAAAUAAUAAUAUUGGGUUUUGGUUACUGGUGUAUGUUUGUUUUAUUAUUACUUAAUCCGGUCACCAAGAAACUCAAUCCAUUUUAAAGAUCAACCAUCAGACCUUCCUCUCAUCUGUAGCCAUACGAUAAUUAUCACUAGCUACCAAUUUACAUACAGGGACACUAUAAGCACUUUAAACUAGGGAUCAACCGAUUAUCACUUUUACUGAUAUUAUCGGCCGAUAUUCACUAUUUUCGGCAAUAUUGGUAUAUAUUGCCGAUAAUACAUACCAGGACCGCCAGGCCCAUUACCAACCCGGCGGUCCUGGGAGGGGCUGGCAGCAAGCUGUUACUUACCUCUCAGCAGCUUCUCAAGCUCCCAUGUCAAAUCUUGCGAGUCCCACAGCCACAGAGCGUUGCCAUGGUAACCAAUGGCAACGCUCAGCGCGGCACACAGAUCGCAAGAUUUGACAUGGGAGCUAGAGGAGCUGCUGGCAGGUAACAGCUUGCUGCCGCCCCCCCCAGUACUUAACAAGCCACUGGACCACCAGGGAAUACUAUAUCCCCACCCUGGUAAGAAGCAGGGAGGGGGGGACUACAAAAAUAAAAUAAAACAAAUCUAUGAAAAAUAAAAUUAAAAUAAAAAAUGCCCCCUACUACCCCCCCAUUUUACACAAAUCACAUCCCUUCAGAAACACACACUACACACACACACACACACACACACACUCAGCAUUCAUUAUAUACACACACUACACACACACACUGCAUUCAUUAUAUACACACACUACACACACACACACACACACUGCAUUCAUUAUAUACACACACUACACACACACACACACACACACUGCAUUCAUUAUAUACACACACACACUGCAUUCAUUAUAUACACACACACUCUGCAUUAGAUACAAACACACACACUCUGCAUUCACUAUACACACUACACAAACAAAUCAUGCAUUCAUUAUAUACACGCUAUACAAACACACACACACACACACACACUCUCUGCAUUAUAUACACAAACACACACACACACACUCUGAAUUAUAUACACACACUAACACACUAUACAAACACACACACUCUGCAUUUACUAUACACACUACACAAACAAACCAUGCAUUCAUUAUAUACACAGUGCAUCCACUACACAAACACACACAGCUCCCCUGUCUAAACACACUACAUCCAUUACAUUUGGCAUGCAUAUUUUGUGCAUAUACCUUUAGAAAUAGUUGUAUUUUUUCAAAAUGGUAAAUGUACAGAAUAUCGGCAAGCUAUCGGCCUGAAAGUUCACAGAUUAUCGUUAUCGGUAUGGGCUCUAAAAAAUCAAUAUCAGUCGAUCCCUACUUUAACCCCUUAAGGACUGGACUGUUUUUGCGAUGUUGUACAUUUGCGACCAGGCAUAUUUUUACACUUUUGUGGUGUUUGUGUUUGGCUGUAAUUUUCCGCUUUCUCAUUUACUGUUCCCAUACAAAUUAUAUAUUGUUUUUUUCAGGACAAAAGGGGCUUUCUUUACAUACCAUUAUUUAUAUAAUCUCAUGUAUUUUAAUUUUAAAAAAAUACAAAAAUCUGAUGAAAAAUUGAAAAAAAUACAUGUUUUUUGACUUUUACUUGAAAAAUCUUUUACUCAUCUACAAAAGCGAAUGAAAAAAACUGCUAAAUAGAUUCAAAAUUUUGUCCUGAGUUUAAAAAUACCUAGUGUUUACGUGCUUUUUUGCUUUUUUUUGCAUGUUAUAGGGCUAUAGGUACAAGUAGGAUAUUGCGGUUUCAAAACAUACAUUUUUAAAAUUUAUCAAUAGUGACAUUGUAACACUAUUAUCUGUCAUAAAUCUCUGAAUAACACCCCACAUGUACAUAUUUUUUUUAAAGUAGACAACCCAGGGUAUUCAAUAUGGGGUAUGUCCAGUCUUUUUUAGUAGCCACUUAGUCGAAAACACUGGCCAAAGUAAGCAUUCAUAUUUGUUUGUGUGUGAAAAAAGUAAAAAAACUAAAUUGAACGCUAAUUUUGGCCAGUGUUUGUGACCAAGUGGUUACUAAAAAAGACUGGACAUACCCCAUUUGCAAUACCUUGGGUUGUCUUCUUUUGCAAAUGGUAUGCCAUCAUGGGGGUAAUUCUCAUUCCUGGGCUACCAUACGCUCUCAAAGGCAACGUAACCAACCUGGCCAUUUUCAAUGUAAAAAUAUUUGACCCAUAUAUUUGACCUUGUAACUUUCAAAAAUGCUAUAAAACCUGUACAUGGGGGGUACUGUUUUACUCGGGAGACAUCGCUGAACACAAAUAUUAGGUGUUUAAAAACUGGAAAACGUAUCACAACAAUUAUAUCAUCAGUAAAAGUGCUGUUUGUGUGUGAAAAAUGCAAAAAAAGUCACUUUCACUGACAAUAUCAUCGCUGUGAUAUGUUUUACUGUUUUGAAUCACUAAUAUUUGUGUUCAGCGAAGUCUCCCGAGUAAAACAGUACCCCCCAUGUACAGGUUUUAGGGUGUCGUAGAAAGUUACAGGGUAAAAUACAGUGCUAGCAAAUUAAAUUCUCUGGAAUUUCGGCCUGGGUUGGCAGGCAGGUCCCUCAAAUUGCAAUCAAUAAAAUUACUGAAUUAUGUAAAAAUAUUACAUAAAUACGCACGUAGAAUUUAAAUAUAUAUGCAUAUUUAUAUAUUUGAAGUCUACGUGUAUAUUUAUAUAAUUAUUUAUGUAAUUUUGUAUAUGGACGUAUGUAUAUUUCUUAUUAUUUUUAUUUAUUUUUAUAUACAUAGAUAUAUAUACAAAUUCAUUCGAAGUGUAUUUUGAUAUAAAUAUAUAUAUAUUAAUUUUAAAAUACAGUUAGAAUAAAAUUUCAUACAGCUAUAUAAUUUUUUUUAAAUUUUUUAUUAUUUAAAAAAUCUUUUAUUUAAUUUAAAUUACUUAUUAUUUUUAUUUUAUAAUAAUAUAUAUAUACAAUAUAUAUAGUUAUUAUAUAUAUUAUAUAUAUACGUGUGUAAUUUAAUUAUAAGUGUAUUUUUAUAUUAAUAUAAGUACAUAUUAAUAUAAAAAUACACUUAGUAUGGCAUUAUAUAUAUGAUAUAUAGACAUAUAUAGAUAUAAUAUAUGUCUAUAUAUCAUAUAUACACAUAUAUAAUUAUUUAUUUAUUUUUUAUUAACAUUAACUUUAUUUUUAUUUUUGAUUUUACACUAGCAGGGAGACUGCCUGUCAGCACAAACAGUCCCCCUGCAGGCAGACACAUGGACACCUAUUGUAACCAUGUGAUCGCUGUGUUAAGCGAUCACAUGGCCACAGGGGUCCUAAUCUGCCGUGGGGAGACUGUCUGGGCUGCAGGCAGUCUCCCCACAACCGGAGCCACGCUGAUCGCCGCCGGGGGAACGACGGCGAUCAGGUAAGUAGCUCUGACCGUUAGGACGGUUCAGGACCGUCAUCGGUCGGCAACGCAAAAAUGCCGAUGGCGGUCCUGAACCGUCCUCGGUCCUUAAGGGGUUAAACAUUAUUAUUAUUAUUGUUAUUAUUUUUGCCAUUUAUAUAGCGCCAACAGAUUCCGUAGCGCUUUACAAUAUUAUGAGAGGGGAGGAUGUAACAAUAAAUAGGACAAUUACAAGAAAACAUACAGGAACGAUAGGUUGAAGAGGACCCUGCUCAAACGAGCUUACUGUCUUGUUCAUUUCAAUGCCAGGCAAACUUCAUUGACAGGCAAACUUUCUGAUCACUGUGGAGGCCGCAGGAGGAGAAAGGGCAGAUAAACUUCAAGGUUAAACUGUCUGAAAACUCCUGCCCCCUAAAAACUGUACUGAGAUGAAGUUAUAGGGGGUUAAGUGUUUCUUUAAAAAAGAGAAAAAAGUGUGGGGGGAGGGGGUGUUCCCUUUACUUUUAACAUUAGUGUGAUGCCUAGAGAAACAGCAAGUAGAAACCUGCAGCUGAAUAAGCCAGGAUUAAUUGCACCAUCUAAGGGAACGUUAUAGAGAGAAAUCCAGUUCUCUGAUGGAAUGUACCCUCACUUGUAUAUUUCUUUAUUUCCCAAACUAGCUGAGCUAUGUGCUGAGAGCUGAAGACAAUAUGUUUGAAGAACCCCUGGGAGAACAGAGCGAGAAUGGAAUCGACUUCAACCCGGUACAGAAUUCACUUACUUCCCUUUUAGUCCUGCAAUGCUUGUUACAUUACCUUCUCCUGCAUGCUUUCAAACCACUCUCUAUUCCUAAGUGCACCGUUGCUCCUUAUACGUUAUUUAAGGACACAUGACGGAAAUAUUCCGUUACGAUUCCCUUUUAUUCCAGAAGUUGUGUCCUUAGGGGGUUAAGGAUGAUUUUAAGAGCAGGUGCCCUGAAAAUAAAUGUCGGGUUUGUACUUUAAGGGUUAGCUGUAUUAACCUAUCCAAUAAUCGAUGGAUCAGAACCUACUUUAGUGUUCCAUUUUCUGUUUUACUUGACAUUUAACCCACAAUAAAAGACAAUCUUCUCUGAUAUACAGAUUUUCUGCUUGUAUUGUCUAAAGCAUGGUAUGUCCUUUCCCUAGAAGUAUAUACAUAUGUGCUUUAUCAUGAUCCACUAGUUUGAUAUCUGUUUUGUUUUAGUUCUUACUAUUAUGUAAAAUCUAUUUUAAAAUAAUCUUAACACAUUUCUAUGAUUUCCAAUAAAUUCUAAUAGUUUGCUUAUCAUAAACCUCACAACCUUUCUGACUUUGCCUUCCCAUAUUAACACUUUUUGUUAAAGUGAAUCUUUGUAGGCAUGGAUGGUUAGUAUUCUCAACAGUCUCAGAGUUCCUUCACACCAGGGUCAAUCAGCACAAUCAUAUCAUGUCCUAUCACAGAGGUCCUAAUAGGUGAGCACUGUCCUAUGCUCUGAUGGACCUGACUGGUACUUGUAGUCUUGCUGUGAAGGACUUUGCUAGUUUUUGAGAUACCUGAUUUGAAGGACGUGCCUGGUGUUUUUGGCCAGUUGUAAAUGCACUUGAUGAUCAUGGAGGCAUAUCUUGAAGGACUUUGCUAGUGUUCAAGUGCUCACAACCUGAUUUAUGUUGGCAGAUGUUUCUGGAGUACACGACAAAAUGCUAUGAGCAGUUUAUGGAGGGUCGAGACACGUUUGAGGAGAACGACGCAGAUGUCUGUUCCCGUCUCAGUAAGUAGGAGUUUUAUAUGGUCCGACUGACUGCGGGCACUGUUAUAAGUACUUUGGACACACAACCUGGUAGCACACAUGUUAAUGUUUUAGUAGAUUUAACAAUGAUACGAUUCUCCUGGGUUAAUAUGCUUAAAAUUGUAAAAUAUCUAUAAACUAUUGGAAAAUCUCAUCCUGUGAUAUAUGUAACCUAUAGCCGCUCUUAAAGCAGUAAAUCUAUAACUUGCCAUGGUGAUAAAUGCUGAAGGAGCAGUUCUUGCAUUACUUCACCGCAGCCACAUGCUCUAUCGCUGCCAUUCUCUGAGUGUCUGUGGGUGUUAUAUUGUAACAACCACCCCCAUUGUGGAAACAUUCCUCCGUAUGACAACACCAUGGUGGGAUCACCACAUUAAAAUCAUUACAUAUUACUAGCAUUGUAUAGACCAAAUGCUUUGAUCUUUAAAGGAACACUCGCGGCAUCGUAGCCUCUUCAUCUAAAAAGAUUUAGCAAAUCUCCCAAUUGUUACAUCCACAGUAGGUGUGCGGUGGCUCAGCCUUGCAAUAAAAAGGUAGCUGUGCUUACCCGAUGCUGUCAUCAGCAGGCGCCGCCAUCGUUUUCCAUCAGUUCCUGGAGCUUCAUCUGCCAGGAGCUGUGUCAGCGCUGUAACCCUUGCAGAAUGCAGAAGGUUUUGCUAAGGUUUAUCAACCUCCAGCUUUACCACAAGACAUGUUAGUGACUGUAAGAAUGCAAUGUACAGGUUGGGAUACUGAGUAAUAUAUUUGGCCAUUGAUGCCUUUACUUUCCUCCUCUGUAACGUUUGAGAGAUGUAACCUUUUAUCGUGACCCCAGCACUAUGCCAUCCAGAUUAGCUAAAGGAUGCAAACAUAUAUUUACAACCAUUUCCGGUCCUGCAACAGUUCAGCUUAGAGCUAGUUACAUAUCCUACAUCAAGCGCUACGGAAUCUGAUGGCGCUAUAUAAAUAAAAAAAUAAUAAUAAUCAAGCAGGCUGGUGCGGGUAGAUCUCCUGAUCAUGGGGGAGAUUAUCGUGGAUGGUGAUUUGUCCAUCUCUCUAACUGGUGCCAUGUCUUCUUCUUUUGCAGAAGAUGCAUACUGCGUGGAUGACUCAAACCUCGAUUCUCUGCAAGCAGAAUACAGGAGGCUGACAGAAGAGAUUGAGCGACUGGAGAAAGAGAAGGAGAAUGAACCUGUCAGUUUGUUAACAUUAUGUGAUGGAGAUAAAAUGAUUCCUAAAAUCUAACCACAGGGUUCCAUGUACAACACUCACAUCAUGAUUCCAUGAUGCCGCAUGUUACAUAGCUUAUCAGUCAGUAGUUUGUUAUUGGAUUUAAUUAAAGUAUUCUAAUUAAUCAUGGCCAAUGCCUUACAACCUAGAUACACAUUGACCCCCAUGGUUGUGUAUGUCUUGGUCCAUCGAGUCGAUCGUUCUACUUCCCAGUAAAUGGAACCUUUUAUUUCCAUCCUGCGUGUGAAGGCCUUCCACUUUCACAUUAGCCGGCCACUAUUUACAUAAUCAUAGUGGCCACAGACGGGACCUGGCUUUGACUACAGGGACUGCACUUGUUUUUGUGUGCACCAUAAUAAGUGCAGUCAUCUAGAGUGGGUGUGGAACAUAAUGUCUCCUUAACCCCUUAAGGACACGACAUGUGUGACAUGCCAUGAUUCCCUUUUAUUCCAGACGUUUGGUCCUUAAGGGGUUAAAGGGACACUAUAGUUACCAGAACAACUGCAGCUUAUUGUAUUUGUUCUGGUGAGUAUAAUUAUUCCCUUCAGACUUUUUGCAGUGAAUUUUCAGUAUUUUCAGAGAAUAUGCAAUUUUUACAUUACAGCCUCCACUGGCCACUCCUCUGAUUGCUACUUGAGGUGCUUCUUGGGUCAGUGCUGCACAGUGUGAAUGACAUUCAGUGUCUCCACCCCCUGCUUGCAGACACUGAACUUUCCUCAUAGAGAUACAUUGAUUCAAUUCAUCUCUAUGAGGAGAUGCUGAUUGACCAGGGCUGUGUUUGACUUGUACUGAGACUGCCCCUGAUCUACCACCUUAGCAAUCUUAGCCAAUCCUAUGGGAACACAUUAUGAUUGGCUGAGAUCAUCACUUCUGAUGAUGCCAAGCAGGCAGAUCAGGGGCACAGACAGCAGCUGCAGGCAAGCAGAGGCGGGGGGAGGAGGGGAGGGCAGAGGCGGGGGGGAGCAGGGGCAGCUAGAUGGUGGUAGUAACACUAUACGGUCAGGAAUACAUGCUUGUAUUCCUGACCCUAUACUGUUCCUUUACAUUACAAGGUAGAAAUCAAAUAAGCAUUACUAUAAUAUGCAUACCAGAAGAUUAAAAACUAACCCUGUCAGUGUUCAGUGUGACAGAUCCCCUCACCAAUAGUAGGUAAACUGUGAUACGACAGGAGCCAACUGCUCUCCUACUGAUCCCUACUGGACAUUGAAAUGGUUGUUUGAGUGCAUACCAGUGUGCUUUAUAAACCUUCGAUUUUUCUGUAACUUAGUUCUUGGUUCUGUAACGAAGCUGUUUAAAGCCCAGGUUAGUUUUAAUAGACUCUGAAUUUCCAGAUAUACACUAAUUUCAUAUUAAACCGGGAAUAAUGAGAUUAUUUGUGGAGUAAAUCUAAACUGUAACACUUACCUCUGGUUGGCUGAGAGUUUAUAGGGAACAUUCAGAGAGAAAUAAUUGUUACGUUAUGUUAUAGAACCUAUCGUUCAUUUUUUGAAAUCGAUCUCGCUCCAUAAAAUCAGAGUAGUCACUGCCUGUGAUAACAUAAUUGGUACCUGAAAAAUUAUUUACAGCAGAUUGCUAAAAUCUAUUUUAGGAUCGUUUGGCAUCUAUGAGAAAAUUGAGAGGUUCUCUCCAAGCAGAUAUCCAAAAGUACCAGAAUUAUCUCACAGAGAUCGAAUCGCACUCCACGUUCCUGGACCAGCGCGUAGCGGGCAUCUCGGAGGAGCUGGAUGCUACAGGUACAGAUAUUGUCAAAUUGGUGAACUAUGCAUCGCCUGUCUUCCCCCAUAUAUUGGAGUAAGAGAACUGUGCAUAAUUGAAAGGAAUUGGUUAAUUUGUCUAGCUACUAAAAGACCAGCCAUAAAUCCUUUCAGAAUGAUGAGCCAUUGAUGAGAAGUACUUUACGGAUAUCUUAAACAUGCCUCAUUUGCUGAUAUGGAACAUACAGGUUAUAAGUGACAGUUGCUGCCCACAAGCCGUAUAAAGCUGUAACAUGUGUAGACUUUUUGAAUCUGUGUGAUAUUACUGUUUUGUGUGUUGCUCACAAUACAAUUUCCUUUCUGCAGAACUGGAGAGUGAAGCCAUCAAGCAGGAAAAUCUACGUCUGAAAACCAUCUUGGAAAAUCAGAAAUACUCUGUAGCUGAUAUUGAGAGGAUAAAAUAUGAGGAAAACGAACUGCAGCAAACAAUUACCAAACUGACAAAAGAUCUUGAUGAAGAGAAACAGCAUCUGUGGAACGAGGAGUUGAAAUACGGCAAAGUGAAAGAGACGGUAUGUGAUGAGAGUGCGUUUAUUUGUGACAAUUCAUUCUGUGUUCCCAGGCCUAUAUUAGCUACACAUUUAAAGGAACAUCUAGUCUCCAUAACAACUUUAGUGGAAGAGGUUUAACCCCAAAGUCUUCUCUGCCUCCGAACCUCCAUUCCAUUCUGAGGCUUCAGACAGGGACACUACUGAUGGGCUGACAGCAUCAUCCGAAUCUCUCGGCCUAUCAGUAGUUCCCCAUUAACAAAAAGGAGUGAGAACCUUAUGUGCACUUUUCACUGUGUUUUGUGAACGGUGAGCUGCUGAGAGGGUCAGUUGACGUCAGUUUGAGAUCUCGGACUGCAUUUGAAGUUUGGAGGCAGUGCUGACACGUGCCGGACUGAAGUCUUUGGGGUUAAACUAUUCUUUAAUGCUUUAAGACCUGAAAGUUGGCUGACCUCCUGACACCUGAACUACUUCAUUGCCAUGAUAUUGUGAAGGUGCCUAAAGUGCCUCUUUUUCAGAGAAUAAUCAUUGUAUCAAACUGACAAUUUUAAGCUAAUAACGUUCUAAAGGGUGUAACAGAGCUCCUGUACUCCGACUGUGUACUUUAAUCAAGUCAGCUUCCUCGCCGCUACCAUGGGAACCUGGAGCACUUCAGACCCAGUUACCAGGCUGGUCUUAGGUCUCUGGGAACCUUUUCAAUAGAACGGCUACCAGGAUUAUAGCUCAUCCUCUGGAUACCUUCUCUCGUGUACAGCAGCAGCUAUUAUCGCAUUUUUCUUUUUACCCUCACACAUUAGCUGAGAUUUAAUCAAAUUAAAAGUAACAUAACAUAAGUUAAUAUGAUCAGUUCAGAGUUAAGGACUUUUUUAGUUUUAUGGUCCUGAAAAUCUUUUAUAGUGUUGCCAUUUUUAAACCUAAUAUACAGAUUCCUUUACAUGUUUGUCUCUUUUUUAGAUGACAUCUUGCUAUAACUGUAUAGGUAAAAUCAUCUCUUCUUUUCUCUGUAGCUAGAAACACAUCUCACAGAGUAUCACAAGUUGGCUCGGAAAGCAAGGCUGAUCCCCAUGACAGCAGAGAAUGCAAAUGGCUAUGAUUUUCAAAUCCAAUGUAACCUGGACAGUGAACAGGGCAGCUUAACACACUACCGAAACAAGAUCAAUGUAAGUGAAAAUACUGUAAUGUAAAUGUAGCGGAGCUGCAAUAUUAAAUUCCAUGAUCUCCGCUGGUACAGAAGGUAAUCCAAAGUAAAGUGCUGAAAAGUAAGGCAAUAUCCCAAAUCCCCCAGUAACCGGGCGAAACACAGUUCUGGGAGUCAACUGAAGUUUUUAUUCACAGGUCACAGUAUUUAUGCAAGUCCCCAUGCAAGGGGUUUCCCUACUGACAUUGCAGGGGUUAUACAGUAGAGGACUACAUGGGGGACUUAACAACCUGGACAUUUCUCCCAUCAGGUACUGCUGGACGAGAGGGAUACUCCCACUGGAAUAUACCGUUAAGUGGAUUAUCCCUCCGUGCAGCAGAACCAACAUUUUACAUUAAACUACAUAACUUUGCCAUCAUUCACUUUAUUCAAACGAAUAGACGUUCGAUAGAUAGCUGGGGUCUGAGCGCACAUUUCUUGAGAAUACCACUCAGAUCCCAGCCUAAAUAACCGAACGCCGCACGAAAUACACUUUAACAUUGUGUUCGCCUAAAAGUACUGAACACUGAUGGGGAACCAGAAUAGUGAAAGACCAGAGCUCCCGAACGGCCUGGAAGUAGCAGAGUAGCCGAUUUCAGCUCCACGCUCUCGACGACCGAACAACGCUGGUGAAACAAAGGAUCCAAGAUGGCCGACCGCCACGUGGUCGGUAGCCGAACGACGGCCGCCUAGGAAAGCCGUUAACUACCGAUUGCAACAAUGUUGCAAUCGGUUAAUGGGUGACACACGACCCUCUGUGUGUGGGCUACUGGGUGGUAGCUCAUUCGUGUCACGAACAGCCGGUAAAGUCUCUGUUCGUGAAACAAAAUACAUGAAUGCUCAUAGAAACAUAGAAUGUGACGGCAGAUAAGAACCAUUCGGCCCAUCUAGUCUGCCCAAUUUUCUAAAUACUUUCAUUAGUUCCUAGCCUUAUCUUCUAGUUAGGAUAGCCUUAUGCCUAUCCCACGCAUGCUUAAACUCCUUUACUGUGUUAACCUCUACCACUUCAGCUGGAAGGCUAUUCCAUGCAUCCACUACCCUCUCAGUAAAGUAAUACUUCCUGAUAUUAUUUUUAAACCUUUGUCCCUCUAAUUUAAGACUAUGUCCUCUUGUUGUGGUAGUUUUUCUUCAUUUAAAUAUAGUCUCCUCCUUUACUGUGUUGAUUCCCUUUAUAUAUUUAAAUGUUUCUAUCAUAUGCCCCCUGUCUCGUCUUUCCUCCAAGCUAUACAUGUUAAGAUCCUUCAACCUUUCCUGGUAAGUUUUAUCCCGCAAUCCAUGAACCAGUUUAGUAGCCCUUCUCUGAACUCUCUCUAAGGUAUCAAUAUCCUUCUGAAGAUAUGGUCUCCAGUACUGUGUACAAUACUCCAAAUGAGGUCUCACUACAUUGUCUGCCUACCUAGCGGCUUUCGACUGCUAGCAUACGAAUGCUCUAAAACAUAUCAACACAGGCAGACAUUACAAUAAACAAUCCAGCGGCUAUUACAGACAACCUUUUGCAAUUAUAGUCCAGUAACCUAAAAGUGGCUAGGUUUGCCACAGUAAACUAUCUGCUAAAUGCCUUAGGACAUGGCUACAGUUUGCCCGGUGUGCACAUUAAGACAAUUUAGGAUUAUUUGCUAUGUGUGAGUUCAACCACAAUUUCCAUCUUUCUCAUUUAUUGCACCAAAACAUGCUAUAAAGUGUUUAUUUAAGGAUGGAAAAGGGCUUUAAUUGGAUGUGACUUAUACCUCUAUAAAUUCUAACUUAAUAUAAAAAUAUAUUUUAGUGCAGCAUAAGAAAAGUAAAUUACGGAGUGCAUCAUAUAUAGCGCUACGGAAUUUGCUGGCACUAUAUAAAUAAUAUAUAUUAGAUUUCAGUUUCUAUUACAGGUCACAAAAUUUUCCAUAUGCAACAAUUUUCCAAUUUGGUGCCUAACCAGCUGAACAUUAGUGUGCUAACCAACCUGUGACCAAGUGAUCAAUCACUGGGAUAUGCUAACCAAACUGUCUUUAACCAGAUGACUGGUAGGGUAUACUAACCAAACUGUCUUUAACCAGAUGACUGGUAGGGUAUACUAACCAAAUUGUCUUUAACCAGAUGACUGAUAGGGUAUGCUAACAAAACUGUCUUUAACCAGAUGUCUGAUAGGGUAUACUAACCAAACUGUCUUUAACCAGAUGACUGGUAGGGUAUGCUAACCAAAUUGUCUUUAACCAGAUGACUGAUAGGGUAUGCUAACCAAAUUGUUUUUAACCAGAUGACUGGUAGGGUAUGCUAACCAAACUGUCUUUAACCAGAUGACGGAUAGGGUAUGCUCACCAAACUGUCUUUAACAAGAUGACUGAUAGGGUAUGCUCACCAAACUGUCUUUAACCAGAUGACUGAUAGGGUAUGCUAACCAAAUUGUCUUUAACCAGAUGACUGAUCGGGUAUGCUAACCAAAUUGUCUUUAACCAGAUGACUGAUAGGGUAUGCUUACCAAAUUGUCUUUAACCAGAUGACUGAUAGGGUAUACUAACCAAAUGGUCUUUAAUCAGAUGACUCAUAGGGUAUGCUCACCAAACUGUCUUUAACCAGAUGACUGACAGGGUAUGCUCACCAAACUGUAUUCAACCAGAUGACAGGGAAUGCUCACCAAACUGUCUUUAACCAGAUGACUGACAGGGUAUGCUCACCAAACUGUAUUCAACCAGAUGACUGAUAGGGUAUGCUAACGAAACUGCAUUCAACCAGAUGACUGAUAGGAUAUGCUCACCAAACUCUAUUUAUUUAGGUGAGGGGGGGACAGGGUGGUUCAUACCUGUUAAAAAGUAAAUCUGGUAAUCCAUCUGUUCUGUACCUAGCACAUCUGAUGCACUUAUUCUCCUUCUGGUUGGUGAUAACCUGAGUUUUGGCCUGUAAGGGCCUUGAGCAAUGUGGAUCAGUGGAUUGUCUGUUUUCAUGUUGUCUCUGAGCUCCUGUACUAUAAAGUCCUAAAGCUUUGACAUGCUCUAUAAGUUUUGGUGACGUUCUACAUUAAUAUUUAAAGGUUCCGCUGGUAGAAAUUUUGUCACAGUCUGAAGGUCAAAUAACAAGUGCUACAAAUAAGAAGAUGGAGGUGGAGAACAUGAUUGAACAGGUGAGUAACAGAAAUACUUGUAGGAACAGAAAGUGUUUUCUUAGAACCUCACAGGUGGAGCCUUGAUGUUCCUUUUCAUGUAUCUCCUCCCCCGAGUAACCCUCUCACAGUCCAGCUCCACCAUGCCAUUUCUAUUGUAGAUCAUUUAUAAAAACACCAAUAGUAGAUUUCAUGCUCUUCACCAAAACCAUUUGUAAAGAUGUUAAUCUUAAAGGACCACUAUAGUGCCAGGAAAACAUACUCGUUUUCCUGGCACUAUAGUGCCCUGAGGGAGCCCCCACCCUCAGGGCCCCCCUCCCGCCGGGCUCUAGGGGGUGGAAGGGGUUAAACUUACCUCUUUCUCCAGCGCCGAGCGGGGGACUCUCCUCCUCCUCCUCGGCUGAAUGUGCAUGCGUGGCACGAGCCGCGCGCGCAUUCAGCCAGUCCAUAGGAAAGCAUUCACAAUGCUUUCCUAUGGACGCUGACGUCUUCUCACUGUGAAAAUCACAGUGAGAAGCACGCAAGCGCCUCUAGCGGCUGUCAAUGAGACAGCCACUAGAGGCUGGAUUAACCCUAUUAUAAACAUAGCAGUUUCUCUGAAACUGCUAUGUUUAUAGAAAAAAGUGUUAACCCUAGCUGAACCUGGCAUCCAGACCACUUCAUUAAGUUGAAGUGGUCUGGGUGCCUAUAGUGGUCUUUAAGGCCCAUCACAAUGCCACAUUUUUGCAGUUACUGUUAAGUGAAUUCUUAGUUUAAUUUGUAUAAUUAGAUAUGGCCAGUUAUGCCAUCACCCCAUUUUCUUAUAUAGUUAAAUGUUCUUUUAGUUCUAGCUUUGCUUCAUCCAUAUUCCAGGUAUUUUUACAUAUAUUUUUUUAAUACCAGUUCAGUUGAAAACAUUUCUCUAUAACUCCUUUCCUAAACAGAGCAGCCUGUCCAAGCUGAUCCCAAUCAGAUCUCAAUGUCCUUACAAUCCUCAGACUACUUAUGCGGUCUUGUUCUAGGUGAGCACUGUAAUAGAAGAAAAGAAGAAUGAUGUGAAGAUUCACAAGGACGAGGCCCAAAAACUUGAAGAGCUGUACCAGCAGAAACUGGAGGUAGGACUUGGGCAGUUAGUUAAUACAUAGAAACUCAUAUACAGUAUUAAUGACUCUAAAUUGACUAAAGGAGAUACAGAUAACAUUAAAAGUGCAUGAGUGUCUAGCUGCUCAACCAGAGGAAGCUGCGGGUGGUGACCCAAGUUUGGGAUUGUAUGUUUAGCUGUUAAGGCAGAGGAAGGGGGUGGGUGACCCAAGGUUAGGACUGUGUGUUUAGCUGCUCAUGCAGAGGAAGAGGUGGGUAACCCGAGGUUAGGAUUGUGUGUUUAGCUGGUCAUGCAGAGGAAGGGGUGGGUGACCCAAGUUUGGGAUUGUAUGUUUAGCUGCUAAGGCAGAGGAAGGGGGUGGGUGACCCAAGGUUAGGACUGUGUGUUUAGCUGCUCAUGCAGAGGAAGAGGUGGGUAACCCGAGGUUAGGAUUGUGUGUUUAGCUGCUCAUGCAGAGGAAGGGGUGGGUGACCCAAGGUUAGGACUGUGUGUUUAGCUGCUCAGGCUGAGGAAGGGGUGGGUGACCCAAGGUUAGGAUUGUGUGUUUAGCUGCUCAUGCUGAGGAAGGGGUGGGUGACCCGAGGUUAGGAUUGUGUGUUUAGCUGCUCAUGCUGAGGAAGGGGUGGGUGACCCGAGGUUAGGACUGUGUGUUUAGCUGCUCAGGCUGAGGAAGGGGUGGGUGACCCAAGGUUAGGACUGUGUGUUUAGCUGCUCAUGCUGAGGAAGGGGAGGCUGACCCGAGGUUAGGACUGUGUGUUUAGCUGCUCAGGCUGAGGAAGGGGUGGGUGACCCAAGGUUAGGACUGUGUGUUUAGCUGCUCAUGCUGAGGAAGGGGUGGCUGACCCGAGGUUAGGAUUGUGUGUUUAGCUGGUCAUGCAGAGGAAGGGGUGGGUGACCCGAGGUUAGGACUGUGUGUUUAGCUGCUCAGGCUGAGGAAGGGGUGGGUGACCCGAGGUUAGGAUUGUGUGUUUAGCUGCUCAUGCUGAGGAAGGGGUGGGUGACCCGAGGUUAGGAUUGUGUGUUUAGCUGCUCAGGUUGAGGAAGGUGUGGGUUAUCCAAAGCUGAAGGAUGGGUUAUCAGCUGCAUGUACUGAGGGUUAUGCAAGGUCAGCUUUUUUCAUAUAGAGCCCUGAUGAGCACCUGUGAUUAAAAUGAAGAAUAAACUGAUUACUUAAGAUAGAGCUGCUCAGUGAAUGGAGGAAUAACUGGGAUAACAUGAUGAUCAGUGUGUAGAAUGUGAAUAACUGCAGAUAUCAUCACCUUCUAGUCAGAAACAAGAGAUGAGCAUGGGGAGUGAAAUAUUGGUGAGGAUGAUUGGAGAUGGCGCUAGCCAGGGAUGCCCAAAAGGUUGAUCCCCCAGAUGUUGUUGUGUGUGUUUUUAUUUUUUUUAAUGCUUAUAAUCAUGUUAUCUGGAAUAUAGCUGAACUAUGUUCCUGUGUAUUUUAGAAUACUACUUGCAUAGUCUCCAUAGACCUGAUCUGUGUGUGGGAUAAUUUUGUUGUUUGUUUUUCUAAAUCCUCCUGUUUACUUCCAAUGUUCAGGAAAUUGAUGACGAUGAGAAAAAAUGGAUCUCUGAGAUCGAAUCGUUAGAGAAGCACCGACAGCUGCUCGAGUCUGGGGUUAACAAGAGUCUGGAUGAAGCUAUGAAAGAACUUCAGAAAGUCCAACAAGAGUGGGUAUUGUAUAAAAGCCCCAACACAGACACAGCGGUUUGCUUUAAAAAGCUACUCCAACCAAAAAACUGGUUUAAUGAAAUACGAUAGCAAAGGACUUUAACUUUAUAUGUGUAGCAUUUCAAAAUUAAACACUGCAAUACAAACUUCAAGCACCAUGGCCACUUCAAAAAACUAGGUGAUUAUAGUGCUUGGAGUAACCCUAAAUAUAUACUUCAUGUAGAUUAUCUGAAAGGUCCAGCUCUGCUCAACUCCAUCGCAAUCUUAAUGCAUAUUACAAACUACUAUGAAACUUUAAAGCAUACAUUUUGUAUUCAAAAUUAACGUGGCUCUGUUGGCCCAAACUUCUCUUUCUUUCUCUAAUCAUUUCCUCUUCUCUUUCUCUUUCUGAAUUUGUUCUUCUUUUCUUCAUUUUUGCUUUUUUGUUUUCACAACAUACAUUAGACAAAGUAGGGACAACUUUGCUUUAUGUGUUUUUCCUUCACUUGAUAAAGAGUGGAGCUUAAGACAAACUCCAUUUACUUUGUUGAGAUUUGUCAAGUCCCAUUUCACCACACUACUCCCUUCCCUGUGGCAUCCCUUGUUUUCUGUGACCAUCCUCUGUUCUUCACGGAGCAUCGCGCAUGCUCAAUACAGAUGCCUUUGCCUCUGUUCCUGGGAAUGCGCGGCGUUUCCUUAAAUGGCCCAUGACAGAUCCGCUAAAGCAAAAGAAAGUUUAAAAUCAAUAGAGAAUUAAUUUUAAUGAGUUCUAUUCAGUCAUGGUGAACUAAAGUAGAAAGCUAAACAAAUAAUAGGUUGCCAAACCUCCAGCUAAUAACAUAUGUUCAAGUCUUGCACUGGAUGUGUGAUUUAACCAGGUUUCUUUUCCAUCUCUAAGGCAGCUCAUCUUGAACAUUUCUGCAUAAUUUUCUCAGCCACAAUGAUGACACUAUAGUCACCUGAACAACUUUAGCUUAAUUAAGCAGUUUUGGUGUAUAGAACAUGCCCCUUCAGCCUCACUGCUCAAUCCUCUGCCAUUUAGGAGUUAAAUCCCUUUGUUUAUGAACCCUAGUCACACCUCCCUGCAUGUAACUUGCACAGCCUUCCAUAAACACUUCCUGUAAAGAGAGCCCUAUUUAGGCUUUCUUUAUUGCAAGUUCUGUUUAAUUAAGAUUUUCUAAUCUCCUGCUAUGUUAAUAGCUUGCUAGACUCUGCAAGAGCCUCCUGUAUGUGAUUAAAGUUCAAUUUAGAGAUUGAGAUACAAUUAUUUAAGGUAAAUUACAUCUGUUUGAAAGUGAAACCAGUUUUUUUUUCAUGCAGGCUGUGUCAAUCAUAGCCAGGGGAGGUGUGGCUAGGGCUGCAUAAACAGAAACAAAGUGAUUUAACUCCUAAAUGACAGGGAAUUGAGCAGUGAAAUUGCAGGGGAAUGAUCUAUACACUAAAACUGCUUUAUUUAUUAAAGUACUAUAAGUAAUUUCGGUGACUAUAGUGGUCCUUUAACAUUACCUCGUUAUCAAUACCAUUUUUGUCCAACCUUUCACAGUGACAAGAUGAAAGCCAACAAAUUCCAUUUAUAGUAUGGAAAUAUAAUUAUCAACGUGGAAGUGGAUUAAAAAUGUGGCAAGUAGGAGGUGGUCUGUAGGUUCCAGUGAGAGCCCUAACUUUGGUUCUCAUCCAUUAACUGUUUAAUAAAAUGAAUGCAGGGAACGGUGUCCGGAGACUAUUGCUAACAUAUCCAUUGCACCAAGCUGGAAUAAUACAUAAUGCAUGUGACAGAACCAUCUGUCUGUUUAUUGCAGGUGUAUUCGUCUGUUUCUAUCCUGUUCGUGUAAAUGGCGGUUUUCUUUAGCCCAGCCAUACGAAUGACUGUUUUUUCCCCGAACAAACCUGCCGAACGGACGGACACCCAGGAGAGAAGUGUGCUGCUGGUUAACCUAGUGAUCCCAAUUAGACCGUUGUGGUUAACCGCAGACACUUCUCAAUUAAACCGAAUUCAGGGUGGUCGUCGUUCGUAUGUCGACCACGAGGCAUCGACCAUUUUAAAACCACGCGAAAGCCCAGCGGUGUUCGACUCUAUUUUCAUGGAACUAAAAACGGACACUUUUUCUGCCGAACACCGCUGAAACAACGGAACGCCUGGCUGCCUCCACGAAAACAUACGAAUACCGGCCAUUCGGGAGUUUUGAAAGCAUACGAAAGGACUUAACCCAGAUAGCCUUCCCAUGGAAUCAUUCGUAUACCAAAAGACUGUAAGAACUUUGACUCCAUGGCGAUUGAACUAUGUGUGUGGGAUCUGAGCACUAUUCGCUAAUAAUAUGCACUCAGAUCCAGGCUAUCUGGGGAUAUGUGAUGCGAAUGGGAAAUGUUCGGUUUUUGUAAAGUUAUGUAUUUUUAUGUCUUUUUUGAUUUUAUAUUUUAAAAUGGCGACUGGCUUUGUCUUGGAGAUAAUUGAGUUACUUGGUAAUUAUCUCCAGGGCAGAGGGGAGGGAAUCAUAGUGCAUUGUGGGUAAAAACUGUGACUGUGUGUAUGGAAUGUCCCCAUAUCUGUCUGUCAUUUAAGUCUCCCAUUUGGUCCCCUAGGGGAGUGUCCACCAAGUGGGAGACCUGCAUAAAUACGGGCAGGUAGCCCACAGUAAAGCCAGAUCCUGUUUGACCCUCAAUGCGGAGCUUCUGUCUCGUUAUUGGGGGGAUUUCUUCUUCACGUUUAGAGACUGCUGGAUGGAAACGAAAGCCGCUUGGUGGAUGUUAUUGUUUGGCGGCUAGCAGCAGUUCGUGUAUUGCCGUUCGGGAGUUUGGAGCCGCUCACGGAUCCCAGUCGGGAGAUUGCCGCUUCCCCUGCAUUUGGUUCGUGCACUACAGGUUAUGCGAACGGAGAUUAUUGGUAUUACAGACGGGGAAGGUCGACUAAACGGCGGUUUUCCGUAAAGACACUGGGGGUGUCUUAACAAUUCAUAAUAAUAAUGAAUACAUAAUUCAUAUUCUUUAAUUUAGGAAUUUACAUUUUUUGAUUGGUUAGCCACAGCCUAAACUUUUUAAAGCUGUAUCUUUCGGUGAAUUACUUUUUCAGCUCCUGAUUUCCAUGUGAAGACAGCAGCCUCCCAUCUCUCCCACUGCCGUACACCCUAUCUCUUGGAACUCCUUAGUGGCCCUUUCAUACAGUGUAACGGUGGGGUGGCCUCUAUCGCUGCUAUACAUUUGCAAAAUUCAGUUCAACUGAAGAUUUUAUUCUGUGUCAUAUUUUACGCUGGUGCCAUGAGUGCUUUUUUUUUUUUUUUUCACAUUUAGGGGGGAAAUGUAUCAAGGCGCCACAACGCAAUUCCAUUUAUUUUUCAUUUUUGACUACUCCCAGGGAAUCCAUAAAUAGUGAAUAUCCUUUUAUUUCUCAUUAGGCUGCAGCUAGUGGAACAUCAGGCUGAGGAAGAGAUGCGACAGGUGGGAAGCAAGCUGGUGCGUGUGGUUAAUGCUGUGGCUAAUCAUAUGGCAGUCAUAGAGGUGAGUUUAAUAGACGUGGGAGGCCUUUCUAACCAUGUUUGUAUGAAUUGCUGGUUGUUGCUGGGGUAGGUGUACAUUUCUCUGUUUUUACCUUUCUUGUGCAGAGUUCUGUGAAAUAUUCCGGGUUAUAAUAUGCAAAUAGAGCGCUGGGCCAUGAAGAAUUUAUAGACUAUGCAAGGAAUAGGGUUACUGCUUCAGGAAACCUGACCUUGGCCUCUGUCCUUUUAAGAUGCCAGAAGGGGGGGCGCAGUCUGACCUGCUAGCUGAGCAGUCGCAUGUCGGCCGGGCUCCCACUAUCAAUGCUGACUUUAUGGAAAUAAAGGGGUUCGCUACCCAAAGUAGGGGCACCCAGGUGAACCUCCUGACACCUCAAUCAAGAGUUUCCCACAAACAAGUGCCCGAGGUGACACACCGCGACUUGCAGGUGAUGGAGCCGGGGAGGUGCAGCCGCUCUCCUUGCCCUCACAUCGGCUGCAUGGAGACCCCGAUAUUGAGUCUUAACCCCCCACGCCCUUACCUCCUCCCCAAUAGUAUAGCUAGACUGUGUAUUCAUUCUAAGUUUCUGCUCAAUAGGUUUUCAUUGUUUAUUCUUGUAUAAUUAAGCAAACCUGACUUCCUAAGCCAAGUGUGCCCAUACAUGUUUUUAAUGUCUCAGGCUUGCUGACCUCAACGUGACCCACCACAUUAGACGUACUUAUUUAGCCUGUAUUCAGCUUGCAUUAUACAUUUUAUACAAUUGUGCCAUUUCUCUGAAUGCCAUACAAAUGUUCAACUAUACCUGUAACUGCCGCCGUGGCAUUGCAAGCAUGUUUAUCUCUUGCACAGCAAAAAAUAAAGAAUUAUAAAAAAAAAAAAGAUGCCAGAAGAGGGGGUUGAUGCCAUUAUUGGGAGGAGUAGAACACUUUUCUAUGAAAUUGGGAGAUGAGAAAAUCGUGAUCUGCUGAAACACAUACUGUUCCAUUAAACAUUAGAAUAUAAAAUCCCCCCCAUGAAAUUGGCCUUAUCUCAGAGGGUCCUUUGUAUAUUACCCUAAUCCCCAGCAACCUGUCUCCCUGCUCCAACCACAAUGGAUGUAGUAUCCAGGGACCGGUACAAGGCUGGCAAAUGUGAGGAUUUAACAAUCUCUUCAUUGUUUGUGAUGUGGACACUCCUUUGCUGUAAUCUACCUUGCCGUUUAACUUAUUGCACAAUUAUUUUUCUUUACAUGUGAUUUGUUUAUGAACAUUAAGGCCUUUUAAGUAACGUUUAGAAAUUGAUUACAUAAAUAUCGCGCCAAGUGAGAAUAAGCUCCAGCCAAGUUAUUGUAGUUUGAUUUUGUUAUAAAUCCAUUUAUAAGAGAUCUACAUUUUAGUCCCUGUUCUUAAAUACCUUUGUAUCCGUUUUAGUGGGUGGACUCAUUGCUGCAAAAUAAAUUCAGGAAAAAUAAACAACGUUGUUCAAUGUUGGAGCAGAUUACUAUAUUCUGAUACUGACUUACAUGUAACGUACUUUUCAGAAACACCUGGAGGAGAAGCGUCUGAAGGUGGAGAAGGAGUAUGAGGAGUUUAUGAAAGAAGACCUGUUGGCGGAUCUCCAAGAACUUUUAACAAAAUACGAGGAAAAGGCCAAGAUUCUGAGCAGUCCUGGACACUGAUAGAAAUUCAUUAAUGUAGUUUCAUAAAGUUUUAGAUCUUAAUCGCUGUCUGACGGGGCAAACUAUACAUUAUGACAAAGCCGGCGGAUCCAUAGGUUCUCUUCACCGAUGGAUCUGACUAGACUUUCAGAAUAUGAAGGCCAGCAGCCAGCUGUUACUAGUUACUGAUAUUCCCUUACUGAAACAUGUCCGUCUGGACAGAUUGCAUAUGGCAGAAGCAGUUUGACUGCAUUUAUUGUAUCUCUGCACACUGUGUUAUCUUCUGUACUCGUGUCAGGAAGCUGCUGGUCCCUGUUUUUCAUAUUGUAGAGUUAAUAAGUUUCUCAUGUUGUCAAAGAAAUGACAGUAUUUACAUGCAUGGCCGAGACAUGAACUAAAACGGGGGUGACCUUCCCUCUCAUCACUACUGUCAGAAUACAGCCUUAAACUACCUUUCUAUGAGUAGAUACAUCAUAGUUCAAAUAAAAACCAGAAAGUAGGAUUCAGUGCUGGAGAGAUACUGGUAAAAGGCAGCUCAGACAGCCCAUUCCAGAGUGUCUCUUAUCCUUCCCUCCACUAUAUCCUUAAAGCUGGUUGUGUGGGGUUGAAGGAUAGUUAAACUGAAUGAGCGAGGCUUUGUAUUCCCCCCCCAUCUUAAAUAAUGGAAUAAUGUCUAUUCCCGUUUACGUGGCUCCAUUUUAUCUGUUGCAGUGAUGUCCGUCAUCCAGCAGCCAAUAGCUACCUGAGGCCAGAGUUAGCCUGGGUAUUUGUGGAAGUGGUAGAAUUAUGGCUGAAUGCAGCAACAUGUUUAAUUGUUCUUAUUUCUCUGUAUGUUAGUAGAAAUUGUAUUUUUGUUAUUACACUCACUCUUCUUAGACUCGUUCUGGCUUGUAAAUAUUUUCACAGUAUUUCUCAUUUUCUUGUUUAUCUCUAAUAAACUGACUUUGUUAAAGUAUUUUGUUUAAAGUAAAAGAAAA